CUUCACCUAAUACCAUCCUCAUUUCCAGCCCCAAAUUCUAUCAAUCUUUGUUCAGUAUAUUCCCACCUUCAAAGUUUAGCUCUAGCCUUUAGCCAUGGAAGUUCCUCCACCGCCGGCCACCGUAUGCGUCACCGGAGCUUCCGGGUUCAUCGGCUCGUGGCUCGUCAUGAGGCUUCUUCAACGCGGCUAUACUGUCAGCGCAACCGUUCGCGACCCAGGGAACAUGAAUAAGGUGAAGCCGAUGAUGGAGUCGCCAAAUGCCGACACCAACUUGACGCUAUGGAAGGCAGACCUGGGCGAAGACGGGAGCUUCGAUGAGGCCAUCGAUGGCUGCUCCGGCGUGUUCCAUGUGGCCACGCCCAUGGGUUUCGACUCAAAGGACCCUGAGGUUCGACGGCGGUGGUGUGGGCGACCGGGUGGCGGUGCAAGCAGUGAUGGCGGACGGUGCAAGCGGCGGUGGCGGGAUUCAGAGAGAGAGUGGGAGAGAUAGUGAAAAGUGGGAGAGAGAGGUAGCGAAAAGUCGU